AUGCCAACGACUUAUCUCAUUACAGGCGCGAAUCGAGGUCUAGGUCAUGGUCUUGCAGCCUCUCUACUUCUUCGUGAAGAUCACAUAAUAAUCGGAGUCAUCCGCACAGAGGAGACAGCCUCAGCUCUCAAAAACCUGCCACGACAUCCCACUAGCGAUUUAAUCGUUCUUUCAAUACCUUUCAACGCACAAUCGAUAUCAAGUUCAGAAGAAAAUUACCGAACGGCCUUUUCAACUCUCUCAAAAACUUAUCCCACAAUUGACCAUAUCGACAUCGUCAUCGCCAACGCCGGAAUUUCCGAAUGCCAUGCUCGUGUACUCGAGACACCCGCUGUUGCGGUUGCUGAACAUAUGGCUGUAAAUUCAAUAGCACCGUUAAUACUAUUCCAAAAUACUUGGCCUUUACUGAGUGUAUCGGCAAACCCAAGGUUUGUUUAUGUGAGCAGUAUGGGAGGGAGCAUACAUAAUGUACCGGAGACCUCUAAAUUUGCUUCCUUGGCUUAUGGUAUGGGUAAAGCUGGUGGGAAUUACUUGACGAAGAAGAUUUGUGCUGAAAAUUCGGCCUUGUCGGUUUUGUCUGUUCAUCCGGGUUGGAUUCAGACGGAUUUAGGAAACGGUAGGGCUCGAGCCCAGGGAUUCAAGCAGGCACCAGUUACUGUGAAUACUUCUGUCGAAGGGUUGCUUCUUGAGGUGAACAGUGCUCAGCUCGAAGCCGAUUAA